AAAAUGGAGCACUCAGCCAGCCUGCAUGUGGAUCUCAUCUUCCUGAAGAUAUUCGUCCUCUUUCCGACGCUGGACGAGAUGGAAGUGGUGCUCAACACCACCACCAUGUUGAUCAAGCAAGCGCAGCAGCAGGGUUGGGCGAAGCUAGUGGAUUCAGUGUGCAGCUGUCUACAGCUGCUGCACCACUGGCAUGUAUCGCUGUCCAAGGAAGUAGCCAAAUGGCCACAGACUCUCGUGAAGUGGUGUCACCAUAUAAGUCAGUCUUCAGCAGGUUUUCCCGUGUUGGAGAAGACGCUGGUCUUGGUGCAGGAUUUCUUGCUUCAAGCGACCCCCAUGGAUGCUGGCCCGUGGCUCCUCUUACUGCUGGAUGUGUUUCGCAGCGUCUGCUCUGCUUGGACUCAGCCAGCCUACACCGCUCAGCUAGUGAGUCUCUCCGCCGUUACUUCCCGCCUCAUUACCAUCCUUCACAGCUUUCCCACCGAAAUAAACUCAGAAUUCCGCAAGUCAUUUUUGGAGCAGCUGAUGCCGCUGGUGGAUGAUGGUGACACAUGCCUGCCUGGGAACACUCUGGUGAAGGUGACCCAGUGUGUCUGUUGGCUACUCUCGCAGGCAGAUCCUCCACAGAUGUUGUGGGUGAUAAAUACUUUCUCUACUCCCCAUAAAAUAAUGCGAGAGAUAGACCAAGCGCACGAUGACUGCUUCCAGAGGUGCCCUGGGGUGGAGGUGAAGGCGACCAUCGUAACUGAGCUCCUGCAGGUACUGAAUCAUUUCACUCUCGCUGUCUUCAUGCAGACGGUGCGUAUGUUGUCUUACAGGUCGGAGGUGCCUCAUCUGGAAAUCGUCUGCCGCUGGUUUUGCGAGGCCAUCUCCAGUGGCCUCUCCUUCGACGCUUCAAAUUACUUUGCGACGGGUGAGGACGGUAAAGUAACAUCCUUCCUGGAGCACCUCGUACAGAAAUUCCAGCGCCGAAGUGACAUACUGUACCUUCAAGUGCUUACCUACACCUUAAUGAACGAUGAGAGCAGCAGGAACUACAUGAGAGAGAGCAACACGUUCCUCGCUACUCUCAAGCUAUCUAACAUUACCUCGGCCAUCACCAGAGGCGCAGCUGUUCUUCUGGCCUUCCUCCUCGCCUCCCGCGACGCCUUCUGCACGUUCAUAGCGGACUGUGACAGAGAUGAAGUUACGCAUGACGUCUACCUGUGGGUGACAGAGGCCCCGGUGGGCAUGGAUCGUAAGUUCGUCGAGGUGUUGAGGUCGGCAGCAAAGGAGGUCUUGCUUCUCCUGGGCGACACCUGCGUCCUCACCCCCUUUGACGUCAUUCCCCUUUGACAUCCACAACACUAGCGGCACUUUUUUUCAUAACUGCAAUGGAGGGGAAG